AUGGCUGAGCCGAUCAAGAACAAGCGGCCCGACCCCGCGGCCCCUACCCCUCAGAACACCCCGGCGAACGCCGCCCCUAUCUCGUCGCACGCCCAACAGCCAGGCGUCGACAGCAUCAAGGAGGAGGAUCUCACAGCCGCCUCCAUCUUUGCCAAGGACCCCCGCCUCGUGUCGCUUAUCCAGGGUCGCCUCGGUUCCCUGAUCGGUCGCUCGUCCGGCUAUGUUGAGACCCUCCCCGCCGAAGUCAAGGCUCGCGUCUCGGGCCUGAAGGGCAUCCAGAAGGAGCACUCCAAGCUCGAGGCCGAGUUCCAGGAGGAGGUGCUUCAACUCGAGAAGAAGUACUUUGAGAAGUUCACCCCUCUGUAUGAGCAGCGCUCCGGUAUCGUGAAUGGCAAGAGCGAGCCUACCGAGGACCAAAUUAAGGCCGGUAAGGAAGACGAGGAGGAGGAGGAAGAGGAGGACCAGGAUGAGGAGGAGUCUGCCGAGAAGGGCAAGAUCCAGGGUAUUCCGGAGUUUUGGCUGUCCGCCAUGAAGAACCACAUCUCGCUCGCCGAGAUGAUUACCGACCGCGACGAGGAGGCUCUCAAGGAGCUCAUCGACAUUCGCAUGGAAUACCUCGACAAGCCCGGCUUCCGCCUCAUCUUUGAGUUCAACGAGAACAACUUUUUCACCAACAAGACCGUUACCAAGACCUACUACUACCAGAACGAGAGCGGUUAUGGCGGUGACUUUAUCUACGACCAUGCCGACGGUGACAAGAUUGACUGGAAGAGCGGCCAGGAUUUGACCGUACGCAUUGAGCAGAAGAAGCAGCGCAACAAGACUACCAAGCAGACCCGCAUUGUUAAGAAGACCGUCCCCACUGAGUCCUUCUUUAACUUCUUCUCGCCCCCUAAGGCCCCUUCGGAGGAGGACGACGACGCUGCCUCCGACAUUGAGGAGCGUCUGGAGCUCGACUACCAGCUCGGCGAGGACAUUAAGGAGAAGCUCAUUCCUCGUGCGAUUGAUUGGUUCACCGGCGAAGCCCUCGCUUACGAAGAGAUCGACGAGGAUGAUUUGGGCGAGUUUGAUGAUGAGGAUGAUGAGGACGAGGAUGCCAGUGAGGACCAAGACGACGAGGAUGAGUCUGAGGAGGAAGAGGACGAUGGCUCCUCGAAGCCGAAGCAGGAGCCUACUGAGUGCAAGCAGAGCUAA